AAGUAUUCUGCAAUUCUGAGAUGAUUUCAGCACUGAUCAAUACUUUGUUGCCUGCUCUUUCAUGAUGAAGGCCUUGGACGAUCAGGUAGUCCAAGAAGAACCAGGAUUCCAAGAUGAAGAGGAAUCCUUUUUUCAAGAUGUAGAUUUGCUUCAAAAGCAUGGAAUUAAUGUAGCUGAUAUUAAAAAGCUGAAGUCAGUAGGGAUCUGCACUAUCAAAGGAAUCCAGAUGACAACAAGACGGGCACUGUGCAAUGUGAAAGGGCUUUCAGAAGCCAAAGUGGACAAGAUUAAAGAAGCAGCAAACAAGCUUAUUGAACCAGGCUUUCUGACAGCUUUUGAGUACAGUGAAAAACGGAAGAUGGUUUUUCAUAUUACUACUGGCAGCCAGGAAUUUGAUAAGCUGCUGGGUGGUGGGAUUGAAAGCAUGGCAAUCACUGAGGCCUUUGGAGAGUUCAGGACAGGAAAAACUCAGCUAUCUCACACCUUGUGUGUGACAGCUCAGCUUCCCGGACCAGAUGGCUACACAGGUGGGAAGAUUAUCUUCAUUGAUACUGAAAACACUUUCCGGCCGGACCGACUGCGGGACAUUGCUGAUCGCUUCAGUGUUGACCACGAUGCAGUACUUGACAACGUGCUGUAUGCACGUGCAUACACCAGUGAACAUCAGAUGGAGUUGCUUGACUAUGUAGCCGCCAAGUUCCAUGAGGAAGCUGGUAUCUUCAAGCUAUUGCAACAGAAACUUGCUCAGAUGCUGUCAAGGCUCCAGAAGAUAUCAGAAGAAUAUAACGUGGCGGUGUUUGUGACUAAUCAGAUGACUGCUGAUCCAGGAGCAACUAUGACCUUUCAGGCAGACCCAAAGAAGCCCAUUGGGGGCCACAUCCUUGCGCAUGCCUCAACUACCAGGAUUAGUUUGAGGAAAGGGAGAGGGGAGCUGCGUAUUGCAAAGAUAUAUGACAGUCCUGAGAUGCCUGAAAACGAAGCUACAUUUGCAAUAACUGCUGGUGGGAUUGGGGAUGCCAAAGAAUAG